ACUUUCAAUAGGUGGCGGAGGCAGCGCAGGAAGAGUUGGAGGAGGAAUAAGCAGCAACAGCAGUGGUGGUGGUUCACCUUGUGAAACAAACAGGAAGCAAGACCGUGCUUCUGUCCACCUACGACAUCUGUCCCGCCUGGAGACCCGAGCAGCAGAUCCGCUCUCACGGAGACUUGUUGUGUGUGAAAGUAGGCUCUCUGUCGUGGAGACUUAACAGUAAUAGUGACUUCUAUCCGUUUGCCCUCCCGCUACACUCGUCUACGACUUCACAACAGAGUCGUUUAAGAUGAUACGUCCUAGAAGCUACGCCAGCACCCCCAGCGAGGAGCCAAGGCACAGGAAAUAGGAGACUUAAGGAAACAGCAGGUCCUUAUGGUUGAGGUGGUGUGUGGUGCCCCUUGCCAUGCCUCCUGCCAUGACAGACCUCCUGGACAUAUGGGUGACCCACUCGCCCCUGGCCGGACAAGCUUCGGACCAGAUAACAGUGGACUUUCUGCUCCCCACCGGUAUCUACAUCCAGAUGGAUGUUCCACGCGAGGCCACCAUUCAGCACAUCAAACUGCUCUUAUGGAAACAGGCUCAGAAGUUCCCACUGUUUCCUGCCCUGGGUGAGAUGGAGAGCCACAUGUUCGAGUGUGUCAACCAGGCAGCCGUGCACGAAGAACUGGAGGACGAAACUCGCCGGCUGUGUGAUGUUCGCCCUUUCCUGCCAGUCCUCAAGCUGGUGACACGCAACUGUGGCAGAGCAGAGCGUCUGCUUGACUCCAAAAUUGGUGUGCUCAUUGGCAAGGGUCUCCAUGAACUCGAUGCCAUAAAUGACCAGGAGGUGAAGGACUUUCGCGGUAAAAUGUGUCGUGUCAGUGAAGAAAGGAUGCAACGAGUCCAGAUGAUGACUUGCACAGAGUGGCUGCAGUCCUGCUUCUCCCCACAGCUGGAGCCUGCAGGCGGGACAGCCAUCACUGAUGGAGUCAGUGACCGACCGGCUGACCUGAAAGUCAUUAUCCAUUUUGACCAGUCACAGGACUCAGCCAGUCUGAAGGCACCAUCAUCCUGCACCACCAUGGAGCUGAUGGAGCUGGCUGUGAGGAAGUGGCUGACCACCCAUGGCCCUGAAGAGGAGACAUGGAGGGGUCAGUAUGUACUGAGGGUCAGCCAUUGUCUGGAGUUCCUCUUGGGAGACCACCCCCUGAUUUGGUAUAAGUACAUCCGCACAUGCAUACAGGCCAAGGAGUCUCCACACCUCACCCUGGUUCACACCAGCACCGUCAAAGCCAUGUUUGAACAGGAGAUCUCUACUAUCAGCGCUGUGGUUAGCCGCAAGUCCUCCAACCCACCUUUACCACUGCCUCCCAAGAGAAGGCCUCCCACGCAAGUACAGACCUGUGUGUGGGACAUGUCUAGCCUGUUUAAGAUAGUCCUAGUUAACUGCAGCAAGGUGAAUGCAGAGGAGACUGCCAAGGUCCAGGUGAGGGCAGGGCUCUUUCAUGGCACAGAACUGCUGUGCAAGCCAGCAGUGAGUGGCGAGAGCAGUGGACGCUCGGACCACACGUGGAAGGAGAGCACACUGGAGUUCGAAAUUGCUGUCUGUGACCUGCCACGUAUGACCCGCCUCUGCUUCGCCAUCUAUGCUGUCAUGGAUAAGGUCAAGAAGCAGAAGUCCACCAAAAAUGCUCACAUAAACAAGUACCAGACCAUCCGCAAAGCAGGAAAAGUGCAUUAUCCUAUAGCUUGGAUUAACACCAUGGUGUUUGAUUACAAAGGCCAGCUGAAGACCGGAGAUAUCAUCCUACACUGCUGGUCUUCCUUUCCUGAUGAACUUGAAGAGAUGCUGAACCCCAUAGGAACCAUUCAGACCAACCCAUACACUGAGAACGCUACAGCACUGCACAUCCACUUUCCAGACUACUCAUACCACCCUAUUGUCUUCCCUCCCUUCGACAAGAUACUGGAGAAAGCUGCAGAGAUUGCCGGAGCAAGUGACUGUGCACCCAUAGGUCGUGGUGGUAAGAAGUUCCACAUAGAGCUAAAGGAGAUAAUGGAGCGUGACCCGCUCUCUCAGCUGUGUGAGAAUGAGAAGGAUUUGAUCUGGACCCUACGCCACGAUUGUCGAGAGAAUUUCCCUCAGUCACUGCCAAAGCUACUGCUCUCUGUCAAGUGGAGCAAACAUGAAGACAUGGCCCAGCUCCAGGCACUGCUUCAGAUCUGGCCCAGACUGAGUCCCAGAGAUGCUCUGGAGCUUCUGGACUUCAACUACCCUGACCAGUAUGUCAGAGAAUAUGCUGUGGACUGUCUCCGUGAUAUGAGUGAUGAAGAGCUGUCGCAGUACUUGCUACAGUUGGUGCAGGUGUUGCGUUAUGAACCCUACUAUGACUGCGCCCUCACUCACUUCCUGCUGGAGCGUGCCCAGAGGAACCGCAAGAUAGGACACUUCCUAUUCUGGCAUCUAAGGUCAGAGAUCCACAUGCCAGCUGUUUCAGUCCAGUUUGCCCUCAUCCUAGAAGCCUACUGCAGAUGCAACAUCCCUCAUAUUGAGGUUCUAAAGAAACAAGUGGAAGCCCUGAAUAAGCUAAAGUCAGUCAAUGAGCUAAUUAAGCUGGGAACCAUCAAGAAUGCUCGGAGUAAGACCAAGGAAGCAAUGCUGACCAAGGAGGCCAUGAUGACCUGUUUGAGGCAGAGUGGCUACUCAGAGACUCUGUCAGACCUGCACUCCCCUCUAAAUCCCCUUGUCCUGCUGUCUGGAAUCAAUGUGGAGAGGUGUCGGUACAUGGACUCGAAGAUGAAGCCACUCUGGAUUGUUUACAACAACAAACUGCUGGGAGGAGACACCCUGGGAAUCAUCUUCAAGAAUGGAGACGACCUAAGGCAAGACAUGUUGACCCUCCAGAUUUUGAGGUUGAUGGAUUCACUAUGGAAGGAGGCAAAUCUAGACCUCAGAAUCGUACCCUAUGGUUGCCUAGCAACAGGUGACCGGACAGGGCUGAUUGAGGUAGUCUCAUCUGCAGACACAAUUGCCAACAUCCAGCUGACAAGCAGCAACGUGGCAGCAGCUGCUGCCUUUAACAAGGAUGCGUUGCUCAACUGGCUCAAAGAGAGAAACUCUGGUGAUGCUCUUGAUCGGGCCAUCGAGGAGUUCACUCUGUCUUGUGCAGGCUACUGUGUAGCCACCUACGUCCUGGGCAUCGCAGACCGGCACAGUGACAACAUCAUGGUCCGCAGUACUGGACAGCUCUUCCACAUAGACUUCGGCCACAUCCUGGGCAACUUUAAGUCCAAAUUUGGCAUCAAGAGGGAGCGUGUACCGUUUAUCCUCACACAUGACUUCAUCCAUGUCAUACAGCAGGGAAAGACAGGAUACACUGAAAAGUUUGGCAGUUUCCGUCAGUACUGUGAGGAGGCCUAUCUAAUCUUGCGGAAGAACGGGAACCUGUUCAUCACACUGUUUGCCCUCAUGCUGACUGCUGGACUGCCUGAGCUCACCUCAGUCAAAGACAUCCAGUACUUAAAGGAUUCUCUAGCCCUGGGUAAAACGGAUGACGAGGCGCUGAAGCAGUUCCGCCAGAAGUUUGACGAGGCCCUGAGAGAGAGCUGGACAACCAAAGUCAACUGGAUGGCCCAUAAUGUGGCCAAAGACAACCGCUCCUAGAGCAGCUGUGACCCCUCUGAGGCCAGGAGUCAGGGGCCAGUAGGACACAGUGAACGAGUGGGUGGGAGGAGAAAGGUGUGCCAGGGAAGCAGGAUUACAUUCACCUCCGAAUACUGAAAGAAGGGAAUGUAGAAUAUCCAAAGCAUGAGCAGAUUCACAGCCCACGUGUAUUUAGAGAGUGAAGCUACUCUCUGAAACAGUCCAGUUACCCUGCACACUCACUUGCUGUAUCCCUCCUCACCUUGCAUCACUCUGACACGGUGCCUCAUGGAAGUCUAAAAACACGACCUUUUGAGGUUUCUGUGGAAUCAUGGUGGGCAGUGUUGUCACAGGGGAACGGAGGCACCCACUCUCCCCACACUAAAGGUGAACAGUCCCUUUGGAACGAGCUGAAAACAAGGAUCAUAUUUUGGAGACUAUGAAUUUUGUGUGACAGACUUUAAACUCGGCUUCUUUGGACUCCGUAGGGGCACAUUGUUUAUCACGUGCUCGAACUGCUUUGGAGAAGCAUAAAGGAUGGGUGUGGAAACAGUGGAGUCAAAGACAGAAACAUCUGACCCUGAUGUCUUAACACAAUGUGCACAACACCCACAGGAGGUGCAUCUUAACAGUCUCACUCCUGCUGCCUCAAAGUGUGCCUGAAAACUAUGGGAAGAUUGUAAUUUUUGUUUUUUUAAUCAGUUUUAUUUUUUAUUUUUUUGCCAUUUACGAAUUUAUCAUGACACUUUUAUGUGCCAGGCUACUUUACUAAUCCACAAAGAAAAUGUGAGGGGAAAUAAUGACGUAAGAGAAGAACUGAGAAAACAAGCCUUGAGGCGUUUGGUUCAGUGCUUCAAUCUCAGUUCAUGUGGGACAUCAAACACUGGAAUUUGCUUAGAGAAACAUACAUGAAACAACUGAAAUGGUCUUGUAAUAAACUAAACACUUUUUUUUUUAGAUUUUUUUACUUUGAAAUGACAAUGUACUCCUUUUUUUUGUCAAAAUUCUCAAAUCAAGAGCAUUACUGGACAAAAUGCUUCAAUCUGUGAGUUAUUAUUACCCCAUAUGUCUUAGAGUCUACAAGGAUGUCAGCCUUUUAAAGCUCAGUCCCACUCAAGAGAAAUAACUGAUGCUUUUAACAUGUUCGGACCAAAACAAAAGGCAAAUGUUUGGUAAUUGUAUUGUUUAUACUGUGUUUUUAACUAUGUUUCUGAACUGAAUGGGCAAAUAUCUGCCACUCUCUAAGUAUAUUUGUUUUUAUACGAACCAGUGUCGACGGAGUCUGGGACCUGUAUGGGCGGCGUUUCUCAGUAGGGACGCUACGCUGCGACGCAAAGCCACUUCCUCAUUUCAACGUACGGUGCUCCUCCAGCAUUUGCAUCUGUGUUUGAUAUUUGUGCAAUAUCUGAGUAUAUAUCUUAUAUAUUAUAUACAACCUUGGGCCCAGGCUGAAGCCUAUAAAGAUGUAUUCUUUCUGUCUGUGUGAUGGAGCUGUAUUUUGCACCACUAGCCUUCAAAUGUCUCAGACACUGGAUAUUGUCAAGUGUACAGGCUUUUAUUGUUUUGCUGGCUUUUGUUUUCAUAGGAGUUUUAUUAAAGUUAUUUUCCAAUGUGCUGCAUUUCCGCCUGUGUUCCAUCUCCUCGUUGUGUUGUAGGUGUGGGCCGUGUGACUGUGCACCCACUCAGAGCAGCACUAUGGAUUUUGUCUUUGCUUUGAGAGCUGUGAUGAGCAUUUAUUGAUUGCAGACCAAAAAUAUAUUCAGGCCUGCUUUAUGUGCAAGAGGAAAUAACAUAGUUACAUUGCUAGAUACACAUGAAUGAACUUCAUAAACGUCAUUUCAGGCAGAGACAAUAGCAAACUGGCUGAGUAGUAUAAAGUUUGCAUCUUAUUUUUUUUGUGAAACUGAAAAAUAUUAAAGCUUGUAUCAAAAAUGUACAUUCAAAACUGUUAUUUUAUGCAUCAGGAUUAUGUCAGGAGAUAACCUUAGAUUUGAUUUUCAUCAAUGUCUGUCCAGUUAUUUCAUCUCUCACUGUCACAGAGACUCAAAACUACAGAGAAGACAAUUUGGAAAUAUUAGAUCUGAGGAAGAGUUCAAGUGACACACUUAGGAGAUGAAAAUGGACUCUCAGGAAAACCUCAAAUCUGUAUCACCAUUACCCUCCAAACUGCUACACCAGCUGCACAGAGUUGCAUAAAUCUCACUGAGGCAAAACAACAAUAAGCAAAUGGUAGGUAAUCACAAUACGACACUGUCCAAAUACUCCACUGCAAACAGAAGUGCUGCAUUAAACAUGUUCUUUAAUUUAAAUUGUGUAACUAUUAAUAACAAAAUGUACUUGAAGUAUCAAAAAUAAAGA